AAUUUAUUUCAUUUUAUUUUACUUUAUUUUAUUUUAUUUUGUUUAGAAGAGGAUAGAAAAAAAAAUGGCAUUUGCUCAACAACAAAGGAAACCAGCUACAUCUCGAACUUUACAUUCAACCUCAGAAGAUUAUUCCUAUCAACGAAAUAAUACUGCUAGUUAUUACAGGUCGGACUCUGAGACUGACUGGCAUAUCAUAAGCUCAGCUCUUCCUUCUUCUUCUUCACAAAGUAGUAAUUCACCCAAUUUACUAGCCACUACAGAAUCUUAUACAUCGAGUCGUAUCGUUUCUGAUACAGAAGAAUCCAUAUUUUCUGAUCUAGAGAAUGUACAACACCAACAACAGCAACAAGUGUUUUUACCUUCUCAUGACGGUACAGGCACCUUUCUAAUUGAAGAUUCAUCUGAUCAAAACACAAGUAGUAAUGAGGAUUCAGAGAUAGAAGCAAGUGGAAAGAAUAGUUUAUUAGACAUGAUUCAUGGUGAUAUUAGAUCUCCUUCAUUUGUAAAUAAUAAUAGUCCUAGAUGUAUACCAACUGCAGAUGGCUUCACCUCACAGGAAUUAUUCAUAUCGUCAGCUGAGGUAAUAAAAGAUAGCCCAUUUUUGUCAGAUGCAAGUGAUGAUAGUAGUGGUACAAAACAGAGAAAACAGCAAAAGAAUUAUCAUCAAAAAGAUUUAGAUAAAAUUCCUAUUCAUCAUCCGGGUAUUCUGGGCUCAACCACUUCAGCAGCUAUCUUGUCUAUUGUAUGGGAUAGUCUUCGAAGAUUAAGAAAUCAUUUAAUAGAAAAUGACACAAAUACAGUAGAAACAAUUAGUAAUUUAAUGUCAGAGGCAGUCUUUGAAGGCUGUAUGCCUUUUAGCUCUCAUUUACAUAUGGAAUUUGAUAAUGGAAUUCGUACUUCUUCAUCCUAUUCCUUAUUUGAAGGGCAUAUUGCUAUUUGAAUAUAUAUAUAUAUAUACAAACUUUAUAAUAUAUAUGCAUAUAUUUGUUUUCAUUAUCUAUUCUAUAAACAAUACAUAACAGUAAUAGGCUAAUAUUAUGAUACAAAUGUAUAUAUAUAUCCUUGUAAGGAAUAGAAGUGUACAAUAGCCAUUUUAUAAAUAUUGAUAUACA